AUGAACAAGCUUCAGCCGUCGCAGCUUGUGGAAGAGCAGAGGAACGCGACGAGGCUGUUCAAGCAGCUGAGAAACAGAAUCGAGAUGGUUCUGAGGGAGAAGAGCGAAGAUGGAAUCAGUGAAGCAGACGUGAAAGAAGUGAUAAAGAGAGUGCUCUGUUUAGACAAAGCUUACCCACUUCCUCUUGUCGGUACCAUGCUCGAGAAGUUCCCUCAAGAAUUCAAGCCAGCGAAUUGGUGGCCCGAAACAAAACCCGAAGUCAUUCAUCCCAUAACCGAAACUAACGGGUGGAACUCGGAGCUAGAGAUGGAGAUGAGAGAGGUGGUUGAGAUUAUUAAGAGUAGAGAUGCAGAGGAGUACGAGAAAUUAGGUAACGUGGCCUUGAAGUUAAACCGGGUUUUGGCCAUCUCUGGACCGGUUUUAACCGGAAUUGCUGCUGUAAGUUCUGGCUUUAUAGGCCAUGACUCAGGUUUAGCUGGAGUAGUAGCAACGACGUGCGCUUCAUUGGCUACCGUAGUUAACACGUUAGAGCACGGAGGUCAAGUAGGGAUGGUGUGUGAGAUGUAUAGAAACUCUGCUGGAUUCUUCUCUCUCUUGGAAGAAACGAUCAAAACAGAGAGAACAGAGGAUGCGCUAGUUUUCGAGACAAAAGUAGCGUUGAAACUUGGGAGAAGCUUGUCUGAAUUGAGAGAUCUCGCCAGAAGAUCGAGCUUAUCUCGGUUACAAGGAUCAUCCAUUGAUGAAUGCGCAAGCAAGCUCUUUUGA